UUGCUUAUCAACAUUAUCAACGAGAAAGUUUUCGCCUUCUUAUGGUGCUGGUAUCUGCUGCUGGUCGUCAUUACAACUAUCUCGACGCUAUGCUGGACAAUAAACAGUAUUGUACCGUCCGAAAAAAUCGACUACGUGCUGAAAUUCAUGCAAAUUGCGCAAUCAAGUGACAUGAAAAAACGCCUGAAGUUCCUCAAGGGGAAUCCUGUCGAACGCGUCUACUCGGUCAUCCCCUUCGCACCACAUCUCCUUGACCGAUUUGUUCUUCAUUUCCUCAAAUCGGAUGGGGUCUUCAUUUUACGCAUGAUGGCUAAUCACGCCGGUGAUAUUGUGGUGGUACACGUGCUGAAAGCGCUCUGGCAGGAGUUCCGUGAGCGACAUUGGCGUGAAUUCGAGGAAUUCGAGGAAAUCAAGGAUCAACACUUCCGACAUCUCCCCAAGGCAGCAAUGGUUGUUGGAACCCCGUCGAGUCAACAAGCUCGGGUGGUCACCAUCAGUAACCCGGUGUCUACCAUUAUGAAUGAUUCAAUGAACAGCGAAAAGGGCUAUCUUUGA